AUUCCCACUCCGCAGUGUCCCCGGCGCGGCGCCCACCCACCCACUUCGCCGGCGGCGGGAGGAGCUUUGGCCGGAGCCUCCCCCGCCGCCGCCGCCACCACCCUCACCGCCGCAUCGCCGCAGGAGGAGGAGGAGGAGGAGGAGGGAGGGAGAAGCCGGUCGACGAGGCCAUGGGGCACGGGGUGAGCUGCGCCCGCACCGGCGACGAGCACGACUUCUUCCGCGCGGCCCAGCUCGGGGACCUCGACGCCCUGGGCGCGCUCCUCGCCGCCGACGCCUCGCUCGCCCGCCGCGCCACGCUCUACGACCGUCUCUCCCCGCUCCACAUCGCCGCCGCCAAUGGCCGCCUCGAGGCGCUCGCCAUGUUCCUGGAUCGCGGGGCGCAGCCGGACGCCGUGGAUCGGCACAAGCAGGUGCGAGAUCCCAUUCGAAAUCUCCCAUCUUUUUUCUUCUUCUCCAACAAGUUCCUUCAAAAUCUCACCUUGUCUUGUCCUCCAGACCCCCCUGAUGCUCGCCGCCAUGCACGGCAAGAUCGGCUGCGUGCUCAAGCUCCUCCAGGCCGGCGCAAACAUCUUGAUGUUCGACUCGGUGCACGCGCGGACCUGCCUCCACCACGCGGCCUACUACGGCCACGUCGACUGCCUGGACGCCAUCCUCUCCACGGCGCGGACCACGCCGGUGGCCGGCUCAUGCUUCGCAGGGGGUUCGCCCGGUUCGUCAACGUCAGGGACGACCACGGCGCCACGCCGCUGCACCUCGCGGCCAGGCAGGGCCGGCCGGGCUGCGUGCAGGUGCUGCUGGAGAACGGCGCCAUCGUGUCGGCAUUGACCGGAUCAUAUGGUUUCCCUGGUAGCACGUCGUUGCAUUUGGCAGCUCGCAGCGGGGACUUGGAUUGCAUCCGGAAGCUGCUUGCGUGGGGAGCUGAUCGGCUCCAAAGGGACUCUGCUGGGAGAAUUCCCUAUGUGGUGGCACAUAAGCGCAACCAUGGGGCAUGCGCAGCAUUGCUGAACCCUUCCUCGGCAGAGCCCAUGGUCUGGCCUUCCCCUCUGAAGUUCAUCAGCGAGCUCGACCCGGAAGCCAAGGCACUGCUGGAAGCGGCCCUGAUGGAGGCCAACAGGGAGAGGGAGAAGAAGAUCUUGAAGGACGCAAAGUGCUCGCCGCAGUCCCCUUUGCAAUACGAUGAUGAUCACAUCGACGACGACAUGUUCUCGGAGGUGAGCGACACGGAGCUGUGCUGCAUCUGCUUCGACCAGGCGUGCACCAUCGAGGUGCAGGAUUGCGGGCACCAGAUGUGCGCGCCCUGCACGCUGGCGCUGUGCUGCCACAACAAGCCCAACCCGGCGACCCUGACCCUGCCCUCGCCGGCGUGCCCGUUCUGCCGCGGCAGCAUCUCGCGGCUGGUGGUGGCCCAGACCCAGACAGCAGACAACGGCGACCCCGACAGGCCAGCCUCCCCGCAGCUCGCGCACCGGCGGUCCCGGCGCUCUCACAACCUCAGUGAGGGCAGCAGCAGCUUCAAGGGGCUGUCCUCGGCCAUCUCCAAGAUCGCGCGCGGCUCGAGCCGGAUGGCCGAGAGCGACGGCGCUGCGAUGGACAAGCCCGAGCACGAUCUGUGACGGAGGCAGAACACACACACAAGACGGACAUUGCCAGUGAGCUCAUAUUUUGGAUUCCCCGGCUUCUGAAAAUCCCAGAUGAUGAGAAGAGAAGCGGAAAAAUUCCAUGGAAGCUUUAGGUAGGAACCAAAUAAGCAUCCUCCAUUUCCCACCCAUCCUUUUGUUUGUCUGCCUGUAUUUUUGGAGUCGCCGGCCAAUCUCGGAAAUGCAUAUAUGCUGAUCUCUGGAAUGAGACGAGCUGUUCAUCA